UAAAAUUAUUUGUAUGUAACAAAUGCAUGUAUAUAAAAAAUAUGCUACAUGCAAUUUAGUAAUUAAAAAUAGUAAAUUAUACCAAUCAUAUGAUAUAACAUUAUUAUAUUACAUUAUAAUGUUUACUUGAAAUUUUCAAUACUUAUUGUGUUCUAAGUAAAAAAAUUGAAGUAGUUUAUUGACAAUUUAAUACAAGACAAAAUUUUGGAAAAGGUUGAUAGUACAAAUCUGGUUGAGCAUGUGAACAUGUGCAUCUUUCUAAAUAUGACGAUGACGUCAGUGAAUGACGUCAGCACCAUUACACGCUUCUUUAAACUAACACAUAAACCUAUCUACAUUAUACAUGUGAAUAUCGUUAUAUAUCAAAUCUAGAUUUUAUGUCAUUUGAUGUUUCAAAUGUUUAUACAUAUAUCAACAUCAGUUAAAGAAAUUAUUCAACUAAAAUUAGAGGAAAGAACAUAACUGAAACAUACAUAAAAGCUGUGAUUAGUCUUAAAGGAUUUCAUUAUUUCAAUAUCUAUAUCUUAAACAAAUAAAUGUAGCUGAUUUGUGAAAUCAUGUAUACUUGAAAUGCGAUAUCAUUUUUUACGACGCCUGAGUAAUUUCAACAUUCUUUCAUUAGAAUACUGAUAAAAGAUUGUUUUCAUGACUAAAUACAUAGACUGUGCUAUAAAAUCAUAUAAUAAUUGUAAAUUAUUAUGUUACAUAUAGAAUAAAAAUAAUUAACUAAAUUUUGAUAAUUUUUCUGAUUAUUCAUAGAUCAAAAAACAACCAACAACAUGUUUCAUUAUUAUUACAGUUAAUAAUAAUGUUUCAACAUUAUUGCAGUAAGACUAACUGUGAAAUUACUAUGCCCAUUUAGAUAUACAUAUGAAGAUUAUAAGUGAAAAACAUGAUAAGUCACAUUUCCUACCUUUUAUAAAAGAGCAGUUUUAAAAUUCGAUGUGUUGUCAAUCAAUUAGACACUAAAAUUUUCUUUAAAAAUAUUCUUAAACAUUCCAAAAAUAUUAAUAACAAUAUGCAGAUUAAUAUUAAUUAAUUUAAACUAACAUCCUAGUUUUAUCACUAAUUUUUGAAAGGCUUGCAUCUUCGAACCUAUCAGAUUAUUCCUUUUUCUAACUAUUUUAUAUUAAAAUACUAUUUUUUAAUUUAAAAAUAAACAAGUAACAUAAAGAUUAGAAAAUUAACGUGUCAUAUUUUUUCUCUGUAGUCUUCAUAACGAAUCGUAGUUGCAAUAAAAGAUAAUAUUUAAGAAAACGAAGUUAGUAUUGAAUACUAAGCAAGAUACAGUUUAUAAAAUAUAAAAUAUACAUACAUAUAAUAUAUAUCUAAAUUAUAUAACAUUAAUAUAAAUUUAAUGUAACGCUUUUUAUAUAAAAAAAUGUGUGCAUUUAAUAAAUUAAUACUUUUAUUAACUAUAAUAAAUGUUUCAAUAAAAUCAAAAACCAACACUAUUAUAAACAAAUAUAUAUUUCUGAAACACCUUUUUGCCCGAUUAUUAAUAAAUAUGCCACUGUAUAUGAAUCGCAGUUUGAUAACUGGUAAGUCGAAAGUAAUAUUUAAGGAAACGUAGCUAGUAUUUGAUGUGAAGCACAUAUGUAGGAGAGCAUCGUCCAUCACCCAUCACUAUCCGAUGCACGAUCAGUUUUUUGAGGGGGUGGAGGGAAAGCACGUCGGCCAUUUUGAUGGUGACGCGCAGCGCGGAGGUCGUGGGCUCCACCAGUGACGAAGCCACUGGAGUUUUGACGUGGCUGCUACGUACCUGCCCGUUUGCCCACUCCGAUUGCAGCAAAGUUGGUGACGAGAAAUACGUAACUGGGUUUGAGGUCCCCAGGCUAUGGAAAGUAUGGUUGAGGAAAAUGGAUCAGCUGUUGACCCAUUGUCUACGGGUUCUCAAAGCGGUGAUGCAGCACCAGCAAUAGCCACUUCGGUACAAUCUCUCAAUAGAACACAGCAGCAAACUCAUCAUCUGGUAGCUUCUACCAGCAUUGUGCAACUGACACUACCUACGUCAGGGGCAACACAGGUACAGUCUGUUAUACAACCUAAUCAACAAUCAGUAAUUCAAACUGCAACGAACAUUCAACCUGUUGCUAUUUCAAAAGGAAAUGUCAUACUUGUGAGCAAACCCAACUCUGUCAUACAAACAGCCCAAGCAAGUUUACAAACACUUCAGGUGGUUGAAACUGGUAGUGAUGAUAGUUUCUCAGAUUCAGAAGAAUCUCCAGAACAAAGGGGAGGAAUUCUUACCCGACGACCUUCUUACAAAAAAAUUCUCAAUGACUUAGGUGGUGGUGAAAUUACAGACGGUCGAUUGCCCCCUCUAGAAUCAUCUUCUGAGUGUGAUUCUAACGUGGACAGUGAAGUGUCGUCCCAUUCGCUUCAUUAUCAGACAGUAAUUCCUGCUGGAACCAUACAAAUUGCAACUCAAGGGGAAGGUGUGCCUGGACUUCAUACAUUAACUAUGAGUAAUGCAGCAACUGCAGGUGGAGCUAUAGUACAGUAUGCACAAGGCCAAGAUACACAAUUUUUUGUCCCAGUCUCUGACAAUGUUCCAGCUUACACAGGACAUGGUGUUGUAGUAGAAGAUGCAGCUAGAAAAAGAGAAUUAAGGUUGCUUAAAAAUAGACAAGCAGCCCGCGAGUGUAGAAGGAAAAAGAAAGAAUAUAUAAAGUGUCUAGAAAACCGUGUUGCGAUAUUGGAAAAUAGAAAUCAGACGUUAAUAGAAGAACUCAAAUCGUUAAAACAGCUAUGCGAACCGAAAACUGACUGAGGUUGGUGUUUAAUGUUGAAACAUUGUAUGAAAACUAUUAACCUGCUAAAAAAUUUGUACAUGUCUUCUUUAUGUACAUUAUCCUAAACGUUGUUAGGUAAGCGAUGGUGAUGUACAUGCAUUCUUAUAAAUAAGUGUUUCUGUAACAUACUGUAUUUAAAAUGCGAAUAUGAAGGCUUGUGAAACUUGCUGUUACUAAAGCGAGAAGCCAAAGGUAUAUGAAAUGCAGAGGCAGCAAACUUAUAGGCAAUAUUCUGGAAGUCAAUCUAUAUUUUGGAUAAACUUAACAAUCAUAUAAAUUUAGGUUAUUAACGUUUACAUUUUCAAAAAAUGUGUUAAUAACCAAACGAUAAUAUUAACGUUUGGAAUAUAUUCAUUUAGAUUACAGUGACUAUGUGAUGUUGAACGGAACUGUUUUACUCACACAUAAAUAUUGUAUCCAUGUAGUUUCAUUCUAUUCGAAAAAAAAUUUACAUUAGUAAAAAAGUGAAAAGAAUUAUAAAAAACAAGAACCCGAGAGUAUAUUUAGUAGUCAAUUUAUAAUAAAUAAUUGGUCGCUAAAAAAUACACAUACUUGAGGAAAACGCCUUAUACACAAUAUUUGCUAGUGUAACUUAGAAAUUAGAUACAGCUACGAAUUAAAAUCACAUAGUUUCUGCAUUAAAAAAAAAGAGCAUAGUUGUUAGACAAUAGUAUCUGUAUAAUUUUUUUCCAAUUUCUCUAUUCUUUUAUACUUGAAAGAGACAAGUCCAUUAAAAAAGUGCAUCUAUUAGAGGUGUUUGAAUGAAAAGAUAAUGGGAUGGUUGUAAAUAGAUAAAUAGACCGAAAUUCUACUACUUUGAUUAUUGCUGCUGCAAUAUGUACGUGUAUAAAGUGUCGUCUCAAUAUAAUUUUUUACUUUAAAUACAAACUUCAGAACUGUAUUAUGAAGAAAAAUAUAAUUUAUACAAUGUAGAGAAAUGUGCUAUAAAAAAGCAUUAGGCGAAAUGCUCUCGUCUUAUUUUACUUUCUAUUUUAAGAUGCCUCAAGUGCAAGAAGGUGAAGAACAGAAUUUGUAAAAUAUAAAUAUAAAUGUAAUAUAUAUCUGGAGUGCCUUGAAGAUUUCUGUAUAGGGUGAUUUAUAAAUUCAUGUCAAUACUUCAGGUGAUGAAUCUACGCUAAUAUAUUUUAAUGUAUAGAUUCACUCCCUGAAGUAUUGACAUGUUUUUAUGAAUCACCCUGUAUAUAUAUAUAGUAUAUAAAUAAACACGCGCAACUGCGCUCACAUACAUACAUACGUAUGUAUAAAAUUAUGUUUUAGGCAAAUAUGGGUACAUAACAAUAUUUUUGAAUUAUAUAUUAUGUUAUAGCUUUACGUCCUGCGUAAAAAUACGUACGUUGCGUUAAAAUUGAAAUUUCUAUUCCGAUACAUUUUCAUAUUUUUUAAAAUUAAAUGAAACCUUUAAAUCGCUAGUAUAAGCCAUAAACUAAAUUACAUGUCGAUACGAUUGCAUCUAUUUAAUGUCCCAAUAGAAAAUAUGAAAAUUUGUUACAAUCAGAUAAUUUGCAUAUUAUGUUUUAUAAUAUUAUUAAAAAGAAAUUAUUUUUUAAUGUCUGACACAUACUUAUUAUCAUGCUAGGAAUUAUUUAUCCAAUGCAUUUUUCCCAUAAAAUCAAUGUUCUGUAAUCUAAGUAUAAAAACUAUUUGAUGUAUAAUUUUGAUUGUUAUAUAUUUAUAAGAAAAAUACAAUUUCAAAUAUGAAAGAUCCAGUUUGAUCAUUUAAUGAUAUAAUAUAAACUGUUCAACACAUUUAAAAAUGAUAUUGCUGAUAAUUUGAAAUUAUUUUAUUGGUUAAUUUUGUUCCUUUUUGAUUUUUUAUAGGAUAUCAAAAUAUUGUUAUAUUAAUUUCGAACUAUUUGCAUACAUAUCAUUUUUUUAAUAUUAAUAAUAUGUAUUUUUUAAAUACAAUCCAGAUAAAAUUUACAGUUACUGAUCAGACUGGAAAAAUUUUUUGUAUAGGUAUGAUGCGUAAUUUGUCAAGUUUAUUUGUUAUCAAAACUAUUCACUCUGAUAAUAGAAAACAAAUACAGUUAUAAUCUUCGUACAUGCUUAAUAUAUCAUUUGUAAUUGAAUAAUUUUAUUGCAAAAUAGAUCGUUGCCGAAUUAUUCUCUGUAAAUUGAAAGUACAAUGUACUUAUAGUGACUUGUUAUAAAAUAAAAACGAUUCACUAUAAGUUUCUUUUCUCCUACAAAUUUAAAUCUGGUUUAAUUUAGGCAAAGUAAUACUGUACACAUUUUCAUCUGUGUUUUAAUGUUAAUUCUAUGUAUAAUAUAUGUAUAUCUUGAUUGCUGCACCGAUGAUAUGAAAUAUUGUAUAUAGAUAAUAUAUGUAUUUUUGCAUAUCA